AUAUCUCGGAAUUUUGAAGUAGUCUUAAUGAUGACAAAAUAAGCCACAUGGGUAGAUAGGAUAUUGCUGAAAAAUGGUGUCAAAAAGACAUUCUUAGGGUUGAACAGAUAAAAAAAAUAGUGGUGAAUGCCUGGCUGAUGUGUAUUGAGGACUUAUGAUGUUUUGAUUUUUCUUCAUCUCAGUAUCUUAAAGCCAACGAAAGCUAACAACUUCAGUACAAGUACUCUUUCACAUAGUCUAAACUACAAAGUCGCAAAUCUCGAAUUGUUACUAAGUUCGAAAUCUACGUGUCAAAAUUAAUAUAAAUUUCAAUAUAAAGAUAAUUAUUUCUUUUCUUCAACCAUAUCAUUUCCAAAAUAGCAAAAAACUGAGAAAUCAGAAAUUUAUCAUCUUAAGUUUAACCGAGAGUGCGAAUAUUGGUUAGAGUGAUGGUAAGACUACGUCAGUGGAAUGAAAGAGCAGGCACUACCAAUGUAAUCUUGAAAUUACUAGUAUCAUUGAAGUAACAUGUCUCGCUUUUUAUCUCCAAUUUCUACUUUUCCGUCAGUUUUGAUAGGUUAUUUUCGUCAAAAAUCAGAAAAUAGCAAUGAGAGGUUUUGUAUAAGUUAUAAUUAGUUCAUGAUUUGCCAUGAUAUCAGUCAAAUAAUAGUGUUUGACAAACAAAACACAGCUAAUGCUUUAUUUCACCAUGAAUUUGUUCAACGACUCAAACAACUUCUUGAAUAGAAUAAUUCUAGAAAAAUCAGAUUGGCAAUACAAUUAUUCAGAAAAUGUCGACUCAAUUCAAAAGUUGCAAUCAGACACUUACUUUGAAAAUAUAUAUAGAAAAUAAAGAAUAGAGACUAAGAACUGUGCUUUCCAUAAAAUGAUUCUUCUUUGUUAUUCUCAUUGAAAAGAGAUCAUAAGCAUAAAUCUGUUUUCCAUCAUAAUGUAUGCCCGAGUAGAAUAUCAGCGAUGUCGCACUCUUGCCAUUUAUUUAAGAAUCUUAUCAAAUUGAACUCGCAUAUAAAAAUGCAAAAAAGAGCCCAUCUAAAAGCAAAUUAACGAAAUAAUGCAUGGUUGACCGAAAAAAUUGCAAUCAAACAUUUUGAAUUCAAGAAAAUCUUUUAAAACAAAACAAUCUUCGUUGAUAAAGUUGAGAAUUUGACUAAAAACGUUUUCUCAUCUUGUAACAAAAUUCGAUUUCUGUGAAGAGAAAAUUUCUCUCUCUUAUUUUAAUAAUUUUUCUUGUCUCUAUUUUAGACUAUCCAUUACGUUCUCCAUCCAGCACCAACAUUCAUCUGAAUGCUCGAUGGCAACAAAAUGGUAUCACUGUAGCUGGAGGAAAUCGACAAGGCAAUGGAAUCAAUCAACUCUCAUACCCAUUGGGUUUGUAUGGUGAUGAUGACCAAACAAUUUACGUUGCUGAUCAAUCAAAUCACCGUAUUGUGGAAUGGAAACGAGGUGCAACAAGUGGCCAAGUGGUUGCCGGUGGAAAUGGACAAGGAAGUGGAGAUCAUCAAUUGAAUAACCCAUAUGAUGUGAUUAUCGACAAAGAGAGAGAUAGUCUCAUCAUAUGGGAUACUUCGAAUAGAAGAGUGGUUCGAUGGCCUCGUCGAAAUGGGACAAGUGGAGAAACAAUCAUCUCCAACAUCGAUUCUGCGGGUUUGACAAUGGACGAGAAUGGAUCUCUCUAUGUCAAUGACUAUGAAAAACAUGAAGUGAGACGAUAUCGAAGAGGAGAAUCUCAAGGAACAGUGGUUGCAGGUGGCAAUGGACGUGGAAAUCGUCUCGAUCAACUCUCUUGCCCACAAUACGUAUUCGUCGAUCGAGAUCAUUCAGUGUACGUAACUGAAUGGGACAAUCAUCGUGUGAUGAAAUGGAUGGAAGGUGCAAAACAAGGCAUUGUCGUGGCUGGUGGUCAAGGAGAAGGAAAUGAUCUUACACAAUUGUCAUCUCCUCUAGGAGUCGUUGUCGAUCAAUUGGGCACUGUCUAUGUGGCUGAUGAAGGGAAUAAUCGAAUCAUGCGUUGGCCUAAAGGAACCACACAAGGAAGUGUCAUUGUUGGUGGAAACUGUAGUGGAGAACAAUCGAACCAACUCCAUUGGCCCAUCGGAUUGUCAUUCGAUCGACACGGGAAUCUCUAUGUCGUCGAUAACGAAAAUCACCGAGUCCAAAAAUUCGAUAUCCGUUCAAAUAUAUAA